UUUUACUUCUUUUUAACUUUGACUUGCCUAGAUGACACCUCGUUGCUUUCAACCUCCACUGGUGAUACAUCUGUAAUGUCUACCGGAGGAACGAGGCGACGCUAUACACCUGGCUUAGUGGUCCUUCCUUCUUCUCAACCUUCUAUUGAUCUCAAAGUUGGAGGGGGAUCAUCUUCCGCACUCCUGGUGAAAUCCUUCCGUGAAAACAGAUUUUACGCUGUUCCAAAGAAUUAUUUGACUGUAUUAAAUCGAUCAAAGGCAGUCGAGUUGGCCAAGCGAAAUCCAAGUUUGAGAGUACCCUUUGAGAAGGCGCUCCUUUGGAUCGAUCGCCGGGAAUUGCCUCACGUUUGGAAUACGGACAUUGAGACACUUCUUGGACCUCAUUGGAACUCUGAUUCUACUUCGGAUGAUAAUUCCAGAGAAAAUGUAAAAUCUCGUGGAAAGCAAAAGAAAAAGAAGGCGACUGCCAUCAGUGGUCGAAAACGGCGUCAGAGAUCCGAGUCCUCAUCCUUCGUCUCGGAUCACACUCAAUCUGAUGGAUCAUCUUCCGAUUCGGAGGAGUCUGACCCUGACUCAGAAGCCGCCAGCAAGGCGGUAGGGAAUGCACCUCGAGCACUAACAAAACGAAAGCUUCAGGCUCGCUCCAAAUCCGCCAAACGUGCUCGUCUUCAGAGGAAAGACCUCUCGCUCUCUUCGUUAUCCUCUGCUGCUUCCCAAGCGACAGAGAGUGGAGCUGGAAACAGUGACGAGGAGGAAAAUGCCAAUACUUCUUCCGGUGAUGAGGAAGAUGAAAGCAGUGAUAGCAGUGAUACUGGCUCCAAAAAAUUCUUUGAGCAGAGGGAUAUCUGGAUUGCGAACUUGUAUAAUAUAAUGGAUCAGAGGAGGACGCCAAUCAAUAAAGCCCCUAGUAUUGCCAAUAAGGAUUUGGAUUUGUACAAACUCUUCAGGAAAGUGCAUAGAUUGGGAGGUUUUCAUCGCGUGACCACUCAAAUGAAAUGGCCUGCAGUUUACUCUGAAAUGGAUCUUCCUCCCUGCUUCUCCGCUGGACCAAAGAGCCUCCAAACAGCGUAUAAAAAGUACCUCCUACCCAUUGAGGAAAUGGAAAGAAAGUUGGGAACAGACUUACAUGAAGUCCGUUUUACUCAACGUAAAUCUAAGGCGGUCUCAGCUACUUCGCCUGUUGAAAAAAAGUCAUCCACACCAAAAACCAGCACUUCUAUAGAGAGCAAACCCUCCGUCGUCAAAGAGGAAGAAGAAGAAGUUCAGAGCAAAACCACACAACGUCGUUUGUCUGGUGCUAAGGACGAAAAAGUGGCCAAGGUAGCUGAGGCUAAAAAUAAGAUAUCAACUAAUACAAGCCCAUCUGCACCCAAGCCUGGUCCUUCUACUUCCACAACUGCUAAGAAGGUUGAAAAAAAGGAGAAAAAGUCUUUGCCUUUAGAACCAAGUUCCAAGAAUCGUUCUGUCCGUCCAUUCACGGAGUUGGCAAACAAGGCACCUUCGGAAAUUGUCACUCUAUCGUCUUCAUCACGAUUAUCCAACGAAGGGGGUGGACGCAGUUCAACUGGAGGUGGAUUCGAGGAGUCUGCGAGUGCUAGAAGUAGUCCAAGUCGACCGACUUUUGAUGAUGAGGUAUAUCGUAAUCUCCAUGCUCUUCAGGGUUCAAAAUCCUGGAUAGCUGUUGGGGGCUAUGGCACUACCAAGAUGCCUUAUCCCGUGGGUUCAGUGGUGAGUGUUUUGUUCAAGGGUCGUCCGUAUUCAGCGAAGAUUUUGAGCUAUGAUUACGGCCAGUCAUUCCAUAGAAAAUCGAAACAGACUACGCCUACUCCACAGGAGUCGAGUGAGGCGACCUCGUCUAAGCACAAAACCGGUCAGGAAAAGUGUAGGUACUUGGUGCACUACAUUGGAUGGAACAACCGACACAAUGAGAUCAUUGAUGGUUCCAGAAUUCUCUGCCUCCUUGACGGAGUAAGACGUUCACCCUCCUGUUCCAACCUCAAUCUCACAGGUCAAGGCACCACGUCUAACAUCGAGAAACCGACUUCUGAUGUAGCUGAAUCCGAACCCGGCGGGGAAAAGCACUUAAAGAAUAAGAAGAGCUCGCUCAACUUACAGAAAUUCCGCGCUAAAAAUCAACCCUCCUCGUCGUCUUCUCUUCAAUCCUCGACGGUGUCACAAAAGAACCGUCUGUCUGGAUCAACAAAGCUUUCUGACAAUGAUUCGGCUAAAAAUAAAAAAUCCAGUAGAUCUAUCAGUCCUGAUGUCCCUACAAAGUCUUCUACUCCAGUCAAGAAGUCCAGUGUUACUUCAGUCGGCGAUCCUCAAUUCACAAGGAAGCGGAAGAUUCAAUCAGAGCAAAGUCCUCCUUCCUUAAACGUGGAUCACGCCUCUAGUUCAUUAAGAUCUCCGGGCAAGUCGUCUGGGAGUAUCAUAGACGCGGCUACAUCUCUAACCCAAUCUCCAAAAACGCUUAAAAAGAUUCUGAAACGCGAUCCUGUUGGCGUAAAGCCAUCACAGCCCGCCUCCACCUUGGCAGCCACCUCGACACCUGUGAAAACUUCCACCCUGAGUCAUUGGGAAGCGGUGAGUUCUUCUGAAGAGGAAGAACCAGUUGGAACCAAAGGGAAACAUCCUCCUUCAAGUUCCUUGGGUUCCUCCUCAUUAUCUCAUAUGACAAAGAAAACGCGAGUUAGAAGUUCAUCUCCCAAGACAACGAAAUCUGGAACUCCUGCAUCUUCAACUUCUGCGGCAAAAGCGUCAUCUAAGGAUUCUUCAGUUACGUCUUCUGCAAAGAUGUCUGGUCUUUCCAAACUUUCUACACCUUCUACUUCACGCCGCAUUCAAGGCACUAUGAAAAAGCUCACCUCUAAGCCAGAAGAGAGCACAAGUGAGGAAGAAACUCCUGAAUUAAAAAAGCGAACAGUUCAGACGCAGCGUCAAGUGCCAAAGUCGGUCCCAAAGAAGGAGGAGACAGCGUCGGCGAAGAAGGAUAAGGAGGAAUCUGUCAUUGCUAAGAGACCUGGGAAAAAACUGCUACCAAAGAAGGAUGACUCUAAAAAGAGUCAGGAUUCAUCUGCUGCUUCUUCUGUCAGUAGUGAGGUAGAUAACGAGGGCACGGUCUCAGGAGAAUCUCUCUCAGAAGAUGAUAGUGGAAGUGAGCUCCCUUCCGCUACUCGAGACAUACUACCACGUCUCACCAGAUCACAGCACAAACUCAUUCUUGGAGACAAUCCGCCUGGAGCUAAACUUCUCACUGCCACUGCGAAUCCCUCCUCUCAACCGUCGACCUCAGCUUCAUCUACGCCUCUACCCGAUCCUGGUCAUGAAGAGGAGGAGAAAGUAAAGUCGGAUGAGGAGAAACCUGAUAAACCCCAGGUGGAAAAGAAGAGGGACAGUCCACCAACAAAAAAGAAACGCAGUGUGGAAGAGCCUGAGAAACCAAAUUCGCCAGUCAAAAUCGGAGAAGAACCGAUUCGUGUGCCUUCGCCUGCUUUGUCAAUAGAUUCUGAUAAGACCGAACCUAUGAUAGACGUGAGGUCACCCGACCCUGAUAAUGUUCCAAAUGAUCCACCAUCGCCAAAAUUGACUCCGGCCUCGUCCCUGGAAAGAGAUGCACGAGAUCAAGAAGUAUCGAUGCCUUCGGAGUCGUCGGGACAAUCUUCUGAGGAAGAGGUGGCAGCUGCUGGGGACCGUAAUAAAGAGGCCUCGAAAUCACCUCCCCUCAUUCAAAGGAGGAUCACAACUGGGGCAGUUCAACGUGGAAGGGCAGCUCGUGGUGGUCGUGGUGGAGCUGCUUUGAGAAAGAGGAAGUUGUUGGCUGGUGGAAUUUCAGCUGGACCUGCAACCCCUAAUGUGGCCAAUGCAAAUGAUGAUGCCGAAUCGGUGGGCUCUUCUGCAUCAUCCGGAUUCAAAGUUGGACGAAGGAUUGGUCGUGGUCGUCGUGGUGGUGGUGGUGGUGGUGGUGCAGGUUCAAAUCAACCUCCACGUGGAAUGUCUCCCCUGGGUUCUCCAACAGAGGGGCGGUCAAUGAGACAGGCAGCUUCAUCUCUUGAUGUUCCACCUCCGCAACCGGAAGUCCGACGAUUUGGUGGCCCCUACUUUCCAAUUCCUAACGCCGAUUCCAUGGAUCUGAGCACCUACUGCAACACUCUCAUGUCACGUAUGGUGCAAGUGGCAAAGGCAUACAAAUCCGCUAAUGAUAUGCUCAAGGCAAUAGACCAGCGAAUUGCCGAGGAAGCUGCAGCAAAGGCCGCGAACAAUAACAACGAGACAACUGGAGACAAUGCUUCCUCAAAUACAGGUUCCAGUGCAGCUAGUCCUGCUGUCGGGGUCUCCAGCAGCAAUAUUCCUGGAGUUGGUGGACGAGGCGGUGCUACCGGUGGUCGUCGUGGGGCUGGAGGCUUUCGUGGAGGUCUGAGACGACGAAAUCUGUCUGAUGACUAA